GUAAGCGCAAGCAUACCGUCACACGUCACAUCCGGAUCAAGAUGGCAGCGACGUUGUGUGGCAAGCUUCUCCUGAGAGCGGGGUGGCUGCCUUUAACCCAAAGUGUUCGUCAUGGCUCCAAAGCAGUCACCCGUCACAGAAGGCCAGUGCACUUUCUCAAGCAGAAGCUGUUGGCUGUCACAGAGUACAUUCCCCCUACACCUGCAGCUCCGUCUGGUGCUCUGACUCCCCGAGUCAGAAAGACUGAAGAGGAAAAUGGUCUCGCAGUUUUGUUGAGGAAAGACCUAGAAACCUUAUUUAAAGAGUGUAAGAUGAUUGCUGUGGUCCAGAACAAUGCAACCAAUGCAGAGGACAUGCUUCUCCUAAAACACAGACUGAAAAGACACAACAUCAAUGUAAAAUUUUUCCCAAACCAGGUGAUGCGGUCCUUCCUCAAUGACAGCAUGUACAGUAACAUGUUGCCUCUAUUUAUUGGCCAGACUGUAAUAUUUGUUAGUGUAGAGCCAAAAGUUAAAGAGAUGCUGCAAGUGUUGAGGGGCAGUCCUCAGAUGGUGCUUUUAGGAGCGUGUAUAGAGAACACAUUGCUCUCAUAUCAAGGCAUUCUCAGCUACUCCAAACUCCCAUCUAUUACCACUGUUCAAGGUGAACUGGUUAGUGGUCUAACAAUGAUGACCUCACAGACUGUAUCACUGCUACAUCGCCACCCAGCCCAUCUUUCCGCCCUCCUCCAGCAGUAUGUCAAACAGCAGCAAACAGUUGGGGAAGCACUAGUACCUGUUACAGAUAAAGAUACCCCUGAAAGACAGGAAGAAGCUGCCUGAAUUUUGCUAAUAGACAUGGAUGAGACAUUUAGAUGAAUGUGUAUAAGAGAAGAACUAUUGUGUAUGAUCAACAUAAUGUGCAUAAUAAAACUUUGUUACUUCA